AUGGAAUUAAACCAGCCACACAGUGGUGGGUUUCUGAAGGAGAACCCGUCCGACGCUUCCGAUGUGGCCCACAGUCUGGACGAACUGCAUCGGGUUGGGCCAUUCCCCCAAAUACCGGAGUGGAAUGAUAUGUAUGAGAAGAUUGUCACGCUCGUGGUCGGCCACCGCAGGAUCCACAUCGAGAAAGCGGUUUCUGGCAUUCGGGCUGAUGUUAAUGGUGACUCAAUGUUAGUUGAUGGAAAACUAAGUGGACUGGUGUGGUUGUUGCCCACUUUCCUUGUCACCAGCUUAGGCCGACUGUCGAAUGUGUUGAUGACUGGUCGGCUAAUAUUGGGAGUUUGCCGCGUUCCCGUGGCCGCACUGCUUCAUAUUGCCUAA